GUCGUAGCGUGAAAAUCAUCUCAGCAUGACUGCCGUGCCUGAGACCCAGCAGCCGCGCCCUGCGGAUGAGGAAAAGGCUGGACGACCGUCGGGACCGGACCCGAAUCUAGUCACUUGGGACAAGAACGACCCCGAGAACCCGCAUAACUUUUCCACGGCCUACAAAUGCUGGAUCACGUUCCAGCUGGGCAUGCUGGCCCUCAGCGCCAGUCUGGGCUCCAGUAUCAUAUCGCCUGCAGAGACGGCUCUAGAAGAAUAUCUUGGAAUGAGCACCGAGGUCGCCAUUCUUUCCGUGUCUCUCUACAUUCUCGGUUUUGCGUUUGGGCCAUUAUGCUGGGCCCCUAUCUCGGAGCUCUGGGGACGUCGCUUGUCGAUGCUACCGGCGGUCUUUAUCCUCGGCCUAUUCAGCAUCGGAACAGCAACUAGCAAGAACACCGCCUCGCUGCUGAUCACGCGGUACUUCGCUGGCCUCUUUGGCUCGGCCCCCGUCAGCAAUGUAUCGGCUGCCCUGGGCGAUAUCUUCCACAUGAAGGCUCGUGGCAUUGCCAGCACAUCCUAUGCCAUCUGCGUGGUAGGCGGACCGACGAUGGGACCCUUGAUCGGGUCUGCUUUGGUCACGAAUUCAAAGCUCGGAUGGCGGUGGACCGAGUACAUCGAAGCCAUCAUUGUGUUCUUCGUCUUCACCGUCACUUUUUUCUGCCUCCCAGAGGUAUACGGGCCGGUGCUUCUACACAAGAAGGCAGUGCGUCUGCGCAAGGAGACUGGUAACGAAGACCUAUACCACCCGCACGAGCACAUCAAGGUCGACUUCCACUCCAUUGUAACCAAGCACUUUUCCCGACCGCUUAUCAUGCUUGUAUCUGAACCGAUGGUCACCGUGAUCGCGCUGUACGCCUCAUUCACAUAUGCAAUCCUCUAUCUCACUCUCGAGGUAUUCCCCAUCGUCUUCGAUGACAUCCGCCAGUGGAAGCCCGUGGUGGCCACACUGCCUUUCCUCGGCCUCUUCGUCGGCGUGCUGUUCUCCGCGGCUUUCAUCAUUCUGGUAGGCCAACCCUAUUACAUCCGCAAGUGGGAAGAAGGCGGCGGAAAGCCAGUCCCUGAAGCACGGCUCAUGCCCAUGGCGGUCGGAGGAUUCCUAUUCACGGCUGGUCUCUUCUGGUUCGGCUGGACCGCAGGCGUAUCUUAUUCCUGGGUGUUGCCCGUUGUGGCGGCUGGGAUGUUCGGAUGCGGCUUCUGUAUCAUUUUUGGGCAGUGUAUUAAUUUCCUCGUCGAUACGUACGGACCCUACGCCGCGUCGGCAACUGCGUCCAACACGUUCCUGCGAAGUGUGCUUGCGGCGGCGUUCCCGCUUUUCUCGCAGCCCAUGUUCCGUAACCUGGGGGUCGGACCGGCCAUGUCCAUCUUGGGAGCUGUUGCGGCGGCAGCCAUUCCGGUUCCUUUCUUGUUUAUGAUUUAUGGCAAGCGCUUGAGGAAGAUGUCGAGGUUUGCGCCGUUCAAGGGCUGAGAAGACUACUAGAUUAGAUAGUGCUUAAUUACUAAAUAUAGACUAGAAUAUACAAG